GUGACCGAGUGAGUCCCCAGGGCUCCUGAAUGGAAAAUAUGGGGAGGGGGCUAUGUCCAUGUGCACAUGCUGGGACCCACCAAUAAACCAUGCAAGAUGCCGCAGGAGCUUGUACCAUCACCUCCUACGGUGUUCUGAGUACUUUCCACCUGUACUGUCAACUCAGCGCCGGCACAGAAAUGGCGCAUGGUUGAUCGCACCUCUGAACUCAUUUCAGCCAUGCUGGACGUGCUGUUUUCACUGUUCCCUGCAGGUGGAGCGGUAUGUCGGUGAAAUUAAAGGUGGCCUGAGACCAGCCAUGAAACUCACGGUCAUCGGGGUGGUACACUCCAACCCCAAGAGCUUUUCAGUGACUCUGCUCUGUGAUCCAGUGGAUGCGCACAAAGAUGUUGGGCUGUUAUUUACAGUUAACUUCAGUGACAAAUCCAUCACCCGAAAUGCACGAAUUGCUGGGAAAUGGGGAAGAGAAGAGAAGACUAUUCCCUACUUCCCAUUUACGGCAGGUGACACAUUUAAGAUGGAGCUUUUAUGUGAACACCAGCAAAUCCGAGUCUUGCUUGAUGGACGGCAGCUCUGUGACUUCACUCACCGCAUUCAGCCCCUGAACUUGGUGAAAGCUUUGCAGAUCACAGGGGACAUCAGCCUUACCAAAGUGGCUUGAAAAAAAAGAGAUCACAGUGUCACCAGAGGACAGAGGCAAAUGUAGCAUUGCCGUGAAUUGAAACGUUUCAACAGCUAUGGAUUUCACAGUCUUCUCUGGACCAGCCCUAGGAAAUGGUAUCUGUAGCUGAAACUGCGUUGCCCAUUCCUGUAUCUAAUUAAAACUGCAGCUUUGCUGGCAAACAUCUUUACCAGCUCUGUUAAAUAUUGGAA